AUGGCAGAGGCCCCGGCAACCACUACAACAUCAAUUCAUCCACCCACUCCCCCCGCAGACGAUGCCGCCGAGGCCAAUAUACCUUUGCUCUCCAUCCCAGAGCCUCGGACUUUGGUUCAAGAGCGCAGACCAGCUCCAGAGAAAAAUGCCACAAACCACAACCCUCCCCGGAAAUUUGACUGGGCUGGAUCGUGGACGAUGGAGAUCGCCAGUGCAAUAUUCAGCGCAACAUGUCUGAUCCUCCUAGUUGUUUUCCUUUACUACGUGGACGGGACUGACUACAAUACCUGGCAUUAUCGCCUGUUGCCCAACACUGUCGCCUCGACUAUCGUUACCGUCGCCAAAGCCACCCUCCUGCUUGUCGUGUCCUCUUCUUUAAGCCAAUUGAAAUACGAUCACCCCAACCAAAGAACCCCGCUCUACCACAUCCAGGUGCUGGAUCAAGCGAGCCGAGGGCCAUGGGGCUCACUGGAAGUGCUCUGGCGGUGGAGACUUCAGCCGGGGUUGAUUACCGCCGGAGCCUUCCUGACUGUCUUCUCUCUAGCCAUCGACCCACUCGCACAGCAGAUUCUGAGCUACCCCCUGAUCAGGAUCAAAGCACCCACCUCGAACGGGUUGACGUAUGCUCAAUGCACACACAGUUACUCCACACAAGCCAUGACAGGCUUGAUAGCCGAUCUAGCUAGUUAUGCAGUUGACCCGGACAUGCUCGAAGCAAUCAUAAGCGGCCUAGGCGGCCAAAGCACAGGGCUCGAACCAUUCUGCUCCACCGGCGACUGCGAGUAUCCAGAUUUCAUCUCCUUGGGCAUCUGCUCGUCAUGCUCAGACGUAACAGCCGCAUCCACCCAGCUCUGCACUUUAGCGCCCUACUCUGUUGUUAAUAUAGCCGACCAUUCUGUUAUAUUCAACCAUUCUGUCGCCAUCAACUGCAUAUACACAAGCCCUACCAACCACACCAUCGCCCCGCAAAUCUGGCCCGCCACAAUGUCCGGAGGAGAAACCGAAAUCAACGUCUACCGCCAACCCUGGACCUCUACCGUCACCUCCUCCGAGCAUGCCACCCCACACAUCAGCUCCUUCCUUUCCGCUAGAUACGCAAACCCAAAACUAACCUACACCACCCAAAAUACCACCGCAUGGGAAGCGAAACCAACCUUGACGGAAUGCACCCUCAGCUACUGCGAGCGCCACUACACCCACAACUUUUACAACGCAACCGGCCACCGCACUCUGACGACGACCAACUCCCAAAUCCUUGGGAACGCUAGCUCGAUCGAUCCUCAUUUCACGGUCUUCCCUUCCCUCAACCGCAGCACAGCGACCAACUAUACAGUGGACGACUCUACCAUACAGUCCCUGAAUGAUAUGCUUGAAGGAAUCUUCAACAGCACCUUGCUUGGAAGCUUGUCCGACCCGACCAACACCUAUGCGCUGCUACUCUACAAUAGCAACAAUCUGACCGAGUCUAUGGCGCAAAUGGCCACCGCCAUGACGGAUGUGAUGCGCUCGCGAUCAGGGUCAGGGAGUUCAAAUGUGGAUGGGGCCGCGUACACGUCACGCACGGUGAUUCAUGUGCGCUGGGGCUGGAUUGCUGUGCCUGUUGCUGCGGUUAUCUGGGGGGUCGGGGUUCUGAUGGGGACGGCUGCUCGGUCAAAGGGGUCAAUUCUGUGGAAGGCGUCGGUGUGGCCGUUGGUUCUGGGAAGGGUAAGGAUGAGGGCCGGACGGGAGCUGGUAGACAUGGAGGAGCCGCGGGUGGACUGGGUAGUCGGGGUGAUGAAAGAGGUGGAGGUUAUAAGGGAAGAUGGGUUUCCGGUUGUAUGGGCUGAGGUCUAG